CAGACAGGCGAUGGGAGUUGACGAACGGGCCAGCCGCUGUACUCGAGCACCCCAGCAUGCAGGCUUCCCGAGGCAUCGCGCCCUGGGCCGACCGCACCAUAGCCGUGGCAGUCCAGGCAAUGGAGAUUCUGGGCUUGUCUCCAGUUCCUGCCUGUCAUCCGGAGCUGGCAUGCUGGGACUGUCGCGGAUUCAGCAGAACCCAUUUGCCAUCAAGACCACCAUCCCAACGAGGAGCGUAGCAGACAGCACGGAAAACAAAGAGUCGAAGCCCAUUGUUGCUCCGCCCACCUUAGUUCUUGGCGCAGACAAUGCCUGCGCAGUGUCAUCAUCUGGGAGCCGGAUAGUGCUCCGGCCGUCGGCCCUUGCUUUCCAAGCUGAAAAGCUGAAGCAGACAUCACCAGAUGCAGCAUCAACGGAACCGAAGGACAACUCAACCACAGCGACUGCUACCAAAGAACAGCAGCACCAGCAGCAGGCACCAUCAGCGUCCAGGGACCCCCGCGAGGUGUCGUCCACGUGUGAAUCCACCACUAGCCCUGUCACAAAUGGCACGCGGACGAGCGGCACAGUGUCCGGUGCGGAGGACGACAACAGCGGCAGCACCACAACCUCCAGCAGUGGCCGUACCGUCGGCGAGAGCAGCAGCAGCUUUGGCUUGGCCCUAGGGGACCUACGGAAUGGCACCUCGUCGUCCGAACACCUGCCAACCCUCGGCAGUGGUGGCGGACUGCUCAGCUCGGCAACAGAUGAUGCCAUCCACUCGCCACAUGCAGCAGCGCCACCUGACGGAUUCGUCUUUGGCGAGAACCUGCGGGAGCGGGCUGCGAACUUUGAGGACGCCUCGUCGGACUCCUCGGUUGCGCCGACGUCAACAGAGCUCUCCUUCCAGCAGUUCCAGCAACAGGCUGGCCAAAGCAGCGUAGCCAGUGCGGAGCAGCCAGCGGAGGUCGCAUCUGCGGCGAGUCGGCAUGCCAAAAGCCUGACUGAGUCGGCCGAGGAGUACCAGUUGCGGCAAGUCAAGCGGACGUACGACGAGGUCGCCGUGGUUACCGGAGAAGAGAACGAGUCCAACGUGCUGCAGAUCAACUGCAAGCUCUUCACCUUCGACAAGUCAACGAGUUCCUGGCAGGAACGGGGCCGUGGCAGCUUGCGACUCAACGACCAGGAGGUCGAUGGUGUGCUGCAAUCAAGAAUGGUGAUGCGGACACAGGGCAGCUUGCGCGUCAUCCUGAACACCAAGGUGUGGUCCGGAAUGGUUGUGGAGCACCCCAGUUCAAAGACAGUUCGCACGACAGCCAUCGACCCCGACGGAAUUCGUGUCUACCUCAUUCAGGCCAAUGGCAAGGAUGCCGAGCAACUCUAUGGUGCACUCGAAUGCCGUGUAGCAUCGCUCAAGGCUGCGGAAGACAGUGGCAGCGGUGUGUCACCCAUGCCAGCAGCUAUGCAGGGACUGCCGCCAUCUGCGGACAGCUCGUCGUCAUUUCCGGAGUCUGUGGGAAGUCUGGAGGACGACGGAGCACCACAGUCGAAACGGCCCCGUCUGCAGGAGUCCGACGGAAGCCUCCCGGACAGCAGCCACGGAGAGGACUCGGUUGCAACGGCGGAAUGUGAGAGCAGCGCGGAAGACAAGGGAUAGGCGUUGUCUCCACGCCUGUGAAACACUCUUCGACGAGGCAGUGAGGGGCAGAAGAGCGUGGGUGAAGUGGUGAAGCCAUUGCUAGUGUUUACUGAGUUUGGGCUCCCCAACGGUUAGUGGUGCGGAGAUGUUUGAUUGGCUUGAGUUGGACAAUUCUUGCCUGCCCAAAUUAGUCCUUGGGGAGGGUCGUGAGGCCAAAAGGGCUUCGGCAAGCUGUGAAGGCGGUGCUAGAAUUCUGAGCUCAAAACUCUAGCAGAAGCAAACGUGUACCAGGCAAGGACCGAGACGGUGCACCUUACAGAAGACCUUCUUGUGAUUUGUUUCUCAUUAGGGUUCUCUUGUUUUAUUUUAUAUCACCAUUGAGAUUCGCAUGGUUGUAAUGCUGAACAAGUCGUAUUUUUCUUUUUCCUCCUAAAGGAGAAAUUCUAGGAGGGGGGGGGGGCAUUCUUUAUUGAUCAUUCUCAGAGAUGCUUUCACAUCCGUGUCACGUGGCAUCCAGCAUAACAUUUCACCGUAGCGACAGGGCACUUUGCUUGCAUGAUUGGCAAGUCAGUGUCCGCUGAAAGUGCUAUCUAUGAAAUGGAUUGAUCUAGAGUCUGACCAUUGCCUCGUCCACUUUGUUCCUCACAUGAUGAGGACAAUGCUUUCUUUGUAGCAUUUUUUAUACUAUGCAGCCUUUACUCGUUUCCCUCCUUUUUUUUUCUAUACUGUCUUGUUAUUUCGUCUCAGAAUCUGCACCAGUUAUAUUACAACAAUAUGGUCUGUGUAACCACAGCACGGAAGUUAGAACAGAUUUCAGUUCUAGCAGGACACACACGGAUGCAACAGUACUGAUAACCAAAUGCGGUGGCGUGCAGGAGACCUGCGUGACUUGUGGUGUUUGGAAGUCCGCAGUUGGGGUUAGACCGCAAUUUGGCUGCAAUAUUUUCUACAUCAGCAACCCCUAACCAAAUCACCGCUUCCAUUGAACUCAACGUUAUGCAAGUCUACAUGUCAUCUUGCUCCAAGCCUACGCUGUGUAAAUUUGUAAGAAAAGCUAAGAAUGUAACAGACGAGCAACAACAUCCCAGAGCUAGAUGAGCACGAGCUUGUUACGUAGUUUGAAACGCCCAUUUGUCACUAUUUCUUCCUUUUGCGCAUUACACGAUUGUUCGAAGAAGAAUGGAUUUCUGCUAACCAGCCCCUACAGCCACAUCUCGAGCAUGCGUGAGUCGACUGAACUACUUGUGCACGUCAAUAAUGGUUAGUGUAACUGGCCUCAGACGCCAUUGUUCUGCUGUUUUGUGCAGCGUUUCCUGCGAAAAACCGUUGGGGCGCCCAAAUCACGCCAUGCAAUCUCUCCCAUCUCUUCCUGCUGUUUUGGUGUGCAGUUGCAUGACUGUUGUGUAAUUGCUUUGCCAAUCUUUUUUUAUGCAGUUUGUGUUGCGUUUUUUUUUUUUCCUUCCUGCUUUAAUGUUCUGGGAUUCUCAAAUCCAAAAAGGGCAUACAAGGGUCCCCUUCUUACCCACUGUGUGGGCGCGCUCCGACUGUCUCUUGGAGACAAGUGACAUAUGUUGUUCGUUUUUUUUUGUUCUCCUUGCAACUUUAAGCGGAGUAGAGCUUUCAGAAAGCUGAGCUUUGCCUGUGUUGUCCGUUUCUGUGCAACUUCACGAUGAAAUGUUCUUGCAACGCAUCAACUACUUCUUUUCUCUAGUGUGCCACAAGUUUCCGAACUGUUAUGCAACUAUGUGCAUUGCGCGCUAUCGGCUUCGAUUGGCUGUGCCCUGCCAGAAUGUGAUCUGCUGCGGUCAGCAGCUUGUUGGCUUCAAGAAGUCUUGCAGUGGUUCAGUAGCUGCCAGUUUGUUGCAGCUGAGGUUGUCACGAGUGCUGUUCUAGGGCCGAGCUUGGCCGUGCCAUUGCGUUCGGCUUGAAUGUGGCCAAGGAUCGACCGCCCUGUAAAUGGUAAUGCGUCGCUGCUUCGUUGGCAAAAGUGUACUAUAAUGCUUGAUUUCUCUGCCGAGUUUGACAUCGCCUGCGUGUGGUUUUGGCCGAGAGUUUGCAGUGGCUUCUUUUGGCUGUGGAUUGGCUGGAAAUCAGGCAAGGCAGUCAUUGGGAAUGAAUUUCAUUGACAUAGCGUUGGUCAUUUAAGCAUUGUGUACAUAAACAAUCGGAAAAGCAGCCCUUGUUCAGCAAAUGCUCCUCCCAGCUAGUAUUAAGGAUUACCCGCCAACUCUGAUCUGCUUUUGUGUUUUCAUUCGCGGCAUUUUCCGUCUCAUGGCAAAGCAACUUAAAAGACAGGCUUCUUGCAAAUUUAGUCCGAAGUCCUAUUUGUGAAAGAAGUGGUUCCUCUUGCCUUCAAGCCUACGUUGCAGCGCAGUUUAUUGUUCGCUUGAUUUGUUGUUGUGCGAGCAUUUCGUGUUUUCUUUUUUUUUUUUUUUGAGUGAGCUGACACCACCUUUCUCAUGGGUGUUAAAUGUGUUUUGCUGCAUGCCAUGCAGGGUCAAACCCACAGUCAGUUUAUUCAGGUUUUGUUAAAAUAUUCUUUUUAUUUGGACCGUUGAUGCGUCAUGUAACUAAAUGCAUUGCCGUAAAGCUGCCCGUUUUUCAUGCAGCCCAGUGGCAUCUGUAUAGUGAACUUUUCUGUAGUAUGAACACAUUGUUUGAAAAUAAAGCAGACGUGACAAUGUAACUCAACAAA